GCAAUCGUGACGUCUGCAGCACGCGCAACGGUGAGACAACUGGUAGCAUUGCAAACGUGCGUCGUUGCAGCAGUCCAACAAGCACUGCACUCCCUGGAGACACAAGGUUGCAAAGCUGCACACAAAAUGCUGCUGCGCACCUCUCUCCGCAGCAUGGCACGCGUGCGUCGCGCCUCGACGGCGGCGGCGGCCGCGCCGCGCUGCGUCGUCGAGCUCAUCUCGGACACCAUGUGACCCAACGGCUACAUCGGCAAGCGGCACCUCCAGCACGCGAUGCGGGCGGUGCAGGAAGCGCCGAGCGGAGACACGCCGAUGGGCUUCACGGUGCUGCGCGUGCCGUUCUUCCUCGAGCCGGACUACCCCGAGGGCGCCGAGUUCGAGGAAACCAAUAGGGUACGUUUGCUGAGGAAGUGGGGCGGCAAGGCCGGCUGGGAGGCGCAGAAAGAGAGGCAUAACCUGAAGGGCCGGGGCCGCGAGGUCGGCAUCGAGCACUUUAACCUGGACCGCGUCGCGUCGAACACGAUGGCGAGCCACCGGCUCGUGCAGUGGGUGACGAAGACUCUGGGAGUGAACGCCGCGGAAAACAUGUACAACGACCUGAAUCAAAAGCAUUUCGAGGGGGGCGUCAAACUCAAUGAUCGGGAGAUGCUCCUGGAGGCGGCCGUGGCCGUGGGCGCCGACCGAGACGCGGCGGCGGCGUUUCUCGAGGAUGAAAACGAGGGCCGGCCGGAGAUCGAGGCGGCGCAAAGGCAAUUAAGGGAUCUGGGCGUCUCGGGCAUCCCCACGCUCAUCUUGGGGGGCAAGUACCAGCUGCCCUCGGGCGCGCACCACGCCGAGUCCCUGAUCCGAGCCUUCCGGCAGGUCGAGGCCGAGGGCGGCGCGACGGGCUCGGCCUUCGCCGCCGCGCUGAGCAUCCCCGACGAGGUCAUGGCCGAGACGAUACGGCUCUGAGCCCCGCAUCGCGUGCGCGCGCACAUGACGGCGC